AUGGCCUACCAAUUCUUUGCCAAAAGUCCUGCGCGGCCGUCAAAUCCGCCUGUAUCUCCUCCUCCAGCUCGACUGGCUCAGCCCCCUAUUCACCCGCUUCCACCCCAGCCGCCGCGGUCUGCUGCCGUGAGUCCUCGACCGACCGCGAAUGCCGUCAGCCAGGAGCCGUUUACGCCUUACCGGGGAGAUCUUUCCGCGAGCUAUGCGACUCCUCACCCGCAUAUUACGGUAGAAACCAUUCGCACGGCUCAUAUCCCGUCCUUGACGAGGAUUACAGGCUUGUUGCUGCCUAUUCGCUACCCAAACUCGUUCUACACGAACACCAUCACAGAUCCUAUCGUCGCGUCUCUGUCACGCGUCGCGAUCUACCAUGACCACCCGGUUGCUGCUGCGCCAAACCCCAACGCCUCAUCAGGAUCAGACAAAGUGAUUGGGGGUAUUCGGUGUCGCCUGGAGAGACUGGAUUCGGACCGAGAGGCUCAAGGCCGUGUUGCGACGAACCUUUACAUCCAAACCCUCCAUCUUCUAUCUCCUUACCGUGGCCAUGGCGUGGCUGCCUCUCUAUUGAACUCGCUCAUUUGUGCAUCAUCCCCGGAUUCAAAGGGAAAAUCCCGAGUAUCCGAGAUCGUUAAGCACUACAAUAUCCGCUCCGUGACCGCGCAUGUCCACGAAGCCAACGAAGAUGGCUUGAGGUGGUAUAUUGCCCGUGGGUUCAAGGUGCAGGAAGGAGUUGUGGAGGGAUACUACCGCAAAUUACAGCCUUCGGGGGCGAAGAUCGUGCGACUAGAUGUACAAUGGGAUGAGGAGGCAGAUGUUACUAGUCCAAUCAAUGGGAAGAAUAAUGCUUCCCAGAAUACAGUCCGAAGUGACCCUGAUGAUGAAGAGUGGGAGAAGGUUGAGGUUGAAGAUGACGAAGAUUAUGAUCACGGUGUUCAGCUACUAGGCGAGUCUAGAGUUCUGGAUAAGGACGAGAUGACACCCUCGAGAAAGCGCAAGGCCGAGGAGGAGAGCGGAAACAAGCCUCAACGGAGGUAG